AUGACACUGCUCAUGCUGCCAGAUACCAGAAUACCAGGCUCCCUGGGGAGUAUUCAGUCCAAGCCGCCUAUUUGGAACCAGAAGUUGAUGUAUUCAUAUCAUCAUACUGAUUACCCUACUGCCAAUGUAACUUAUGAUGAUACUGCUACUGACAAUGUAACUUCUGAUGCUACUGCUGCUGUCAAUUUAACUUCUGGUGCUACUGCUACUGACAAUGUGACUUCUGAUGCUACUGCUACUCCCAAUGUAACUUCUGAUGCUAGUGCUACUGACAAUGUAACUUCUGAUGCUAGUGCUACUGACAAUGUAACUUCUGAUGCUACUGCUACUGCCAAUGUAACUUCUGAUGCUACUGCUACUGCCAAUGUAACUUCUAAUGCUACUGACAAUGUAACUUCUGAUGCUACUGCUACUGCCAAUGUAACUUCUGAUGCUACUGCUACUGCCAAUGUAACUUCUGAUGCUACUGCUACUGCCAAUGUAAUUUCUGAUGCUAAUGCUACUGACAAUGGAACGUCUGAUGCUACUGCUACUGGCAAUGUAACUUCUGAUGCUAAUGCUACUGCCAAUGAUACGUCUGAUGCUAAUGCUACUCCCAAUGUAACUUCUGAUGCUACUGCUACUGUCAAUGUAACUUCUGAUGCUACUGCUACUCCCAAUGUAACUUCUGAUGCUACUGCUACUGUCAAUGUAACUUCUGAUGCUACUGCUACUCCCAAUGUAACUUCUGAUGCUACUGCUACUGUCAAUGUAACUUCUGUUGCUACUGCUACUGUCAAUGUAACUUCUGUUGCUACUGCUACUGUCAAUGUAACUUCUGUUGCUACUGCUACUCCCAAUGUAACUUCUGAUGCUAGUGCUACUGACAAUGUAACUUCUGAUGCUAGUGCUACUGACAAUGUAACUUCUGAUGCUACUGCUACUGCCAAUGUAACUUCUGAUGCUACUGCUACUGCCAAUGUAACUUCUAAUGCUACUGCCAAUGUAACUUCUGAUGCUACUGCUACUGCCAAUGUAACUUCUGAUGCUACUGCUACUGCCAAUGUAACUUCUGAUGCUACUGCUACUGCCAAUGUAACGUCUGAUGCUACUGCUACUGUCAAUUUAACUUCUAAUGCUACUGCUAUUGCCAAUGUAAACUCUGAUGCUAAUGCUACUGACAAUGGAACGUCUGAUGCUACUGCUACUGGCAAUGUAACUUCUGAUGCUAAUGCUACUGCCAAUGAUACGUCUGAUGCUAAUGCUACUCCCAAUGUAACUUCUGAUGCUACUGCUACUGCCAAUGUAACUUCUGAUGCUAGUGCUACUCCCAAUGUAACUUCUGAUGCUAGUGCUACUCCCAAUGUAACUUCUGAUGCUACUGGUACUCCCAAUGUAACUUCUGAUGCUAGUGCUACUGUCAAUGUAACUUCUGAUGCUACUGCUACUGACAAUGAUACGUCUGAUGCUACUGCUACUGUCAAUGUAACUUCUGAUGCUACUGCUACUGUCAAUGUAACUUCUGAUGCUACUGCUACUGUCAAUGUAACUUCUAAUGCUACUGCUACUGUCAAUGUAACUUCUGAUGCUACUGCUACUGUCAAUGUAACUUCUAAUGCUACUGUCAAUAUAACUGCUAAUGCUACUGCUACUGCCAAUAUAACGUCUGAUGCUACUGCUACUGUCAAUGUAACUUCUAAUGCUACUGCUACUGACAAUGUAACUGCUGAUGCUACUGCUACUGUCAAUGUAACUUCUAAUGCUACUGCUACUGCCAAUGUAACUUCUGGUGCUACUGCUACUGCCAUGGUACUACUUAUGCUAGUGGCAUAG